AUGCCGGACAGCUCGGCCACCGGGCCGCCCACGACGUCGGCCCCGAUCUUUGGCAUCGACAUGCGCGGCGAGGUCAAGAAGCCCAAGAAGCGCAAGGUCCUGCUGAUGGGCAAGAGCGGGUCGGGCAAGUCGAGCAUGCGGUCCAUCAUCUUCAGCAGCUAUCUGGCCCGGGACACGCGGCGACUUGGUGCCACCAUCGACAUUGACCUCUCACAGGUCAAGUUUCUCGGCAACCUGACGCUCAACCUGUGGGACUGCGGCGGCCAGGAGGCGUUCACGGAAAACUACCUGUCGCAGCAGCGGCAGCACGUGUUCAGCAACGUCGGCGUGCUCAUCUACGUGUUUGACAUUGAGUCGCGCGACGUCGAGCGCGACCUGGCCACGUACGGCUCCGUCAUCACGGCCCUGACGCAGUACUCGUCGGGCGCCAAGGUGUUUGUGCUGAUCCACAAGAUGGACCUCGUCGUGGCGUCGUCGCGCGAGGCCGUCUUUGAGGAGCGCGUGCGGUUGGUCCGCCAGAAGACGGGCGAGUAUCUGCGCAACGUGGCCGAUAGCAGCAGCAGCAACAACAACGGCAACGGUCCCGGAGCAGACGGCUCCAACGGCGAUGGCGACGCGGCAGCCGACCUGCGACUGACACCGUUUGCCACCAGCAUCUGGGACCAGUCGCUCUACAAGGCGUGGGCCAGCAUCAUCCACGACCUGGUGCCGAAUCUGGCGCUGAUCGAGACAAAUCUCGGUCACCUUGGCCGCCUGGUCGAGGCUGAGGAGAUGCUCCUCUUCGAGCGCACCUCCUUCCUCGUCGUCUCGCACUGGAAUAGCGACGAGGGCGCGCGCAACCCGUGCGAAGACCGCUUCGAGCGCAUGAGCAACAUCCUCAAGAGCUUCAAGAGCUCACUUGCCCGCUAUACCGGCACGCCGCGCAACGCCGAGCAGUUCAACCUGUUUGAGCUCCGCUUCGGCCUGCGCUGCAAUCUCUUCAUCGGCAAGUUCACCACCAACACGUACAUCCUUGUCGUCCUGCCGCCCGGCGAGGCUCGCUUCAACGCUGCCCUGCUCAACACCCAAAUCGCCGCCAAGCAGUUUGAGUUCCUCGACGUCCCCGCCGGCCUCACAAAGGACUACAGCCAGACACAGCAGCAACAACAGCAACAGCAGCAACAACAACAACAACAACAACUGCAGCAUCGUCCACACCACGGCCAACAUCACAGCCAGCACCACGGAGAUCCCGCGCUGGGCUCAUCCGUCUAUGCCUGA